GCUGGCCGCAGUAUGGUCCAGUGCCGAUGACGAGGUGCCCGGAUUGCCCCCGUACCGCACCCCUGAAGCGGCGUGUCACCAUGUCCGACACGCACGGCAAUCUUGGGCGCGAGUAUGUCAAGUGCGACAGCAAGCCAGAGCUGGGGAAGGAUCUACGCAGUUGCAAGCAUUUUGAGUGGUUGGACGAGUACAUCGAUAGGAUUCAAGGUCAAGGCGCAUCCCUGGGGCUGAUGUUGCACAAAUCUGUAGCUCCCACCACCGGCGGGCUUGCUUCAACUGUUGGGAAUGGGGAAGAAUUCAAGGCAGCUGAGUUGAAUGAGCUGAAGCAGAUGCACAAGCAGAUGAAGAAACUCGUGGUUCUGAAGAAGCAGGAUAAUAUGAUGGCUGCAUUCUUUUAUCUUUGUGUAAUUGCUCUUGGGAUUGCUUAUGUGCUGAUCAUUAGUCGAUAGACGAUGCAGUUAGAUAUGAAUGACAUGGCACAUGGUCUUGUUUGAUUUCCAUCUAGAUGACCGUCAAGAAUGAAUUGCAAUUUAGUUUU